UGCUUGGCCCCGAAACUUAGACAUCAUCGGAGCCGGAACGCGCCACCUUUAGCUUUUGGGGCGUCUCGCAACAGACUCUACCCCUUUCUCUCUCGCCGUUCUACCACGACGCCGCCGUAUGCGCCCGCUCCGGAAUCCCUGGUACCGUCCAAAACGCGACAUCUUUGUCUGGUGUCAGUGCCCUACCACUGGCGCCGUAACAUAAGGGAAGCGAGUUGCCCACCAUGUUUUGGCGGUUUGGCGGUUACGCCAACGUCUCCACCAUCGAUAACAUUCUUGAAAAGGAAAACUUUACACUCGAGGACCUUCUCGACGAGUCCGACCUCAUCCAGGAGCUGAAAUCCCACAAUUCAAAGCUGGUCGAAUACCUCCGAGACCAGAAAGUGCUCGAGAAACUUCUCGAGUAUGUCGUAGUGCCUAGGCUCGAGCCUGUCGCGGUCCCCGAUACCAACGACGAUGACGACGAGGGGAAAGGCAAGGGCUUGUCGCUCCCCUUUUCCAGGCCGCGCGCGACAUCCCGGGCGGCCGAUAACGGCAAUGAAGAGGAGGGCGAGAAGAAGCGCAACAAAUAUGCCUUCAUCGCAGCCGAGAUCUUAUCGUCGGACAACUGGUCUAUUUACGAGGCUCUUAUGGAGAGCAGGUCGCUGUUGCGCGACUUUUGGCGAUUCCUGAAGCGUCCGGUUCCCCUCGACCCUCUCCAAGCGAGCUAUUUCACAAAAGUCAACGAGUCCCUGUUCGACAAGAAGACGGAGGACAUGCUAGAGCUGCUCAAGUCGCUAGACAGUGCUGUUCCUGACAUGCUCAAGCAUGUUGAUUGCCCGAUGGUGAUGGACCUGCUGCUCAGAAUCAUAAGCCUAGAACGGGCAGAGAGCGGGCAGGGAAUUGUUGAGUGGCUGUAUACGCAAGAUGUUAUGCCGACUCUACUCUCCUUCCUCGGGCCAGAGCACAGCUGGGCGACUCAGACCUCGGCGGGCGACUUUAUGAAGGCGAUUAUCACCGUCUCGGCCAACGCGUCGCAAAACGAACAAACUUGCAUCGGCCCUAACGAGCUCACGCGUCAGCUGGUGUCCAAGCCAUGCGUUGAACAACUCAUUAAAUACAUGCUCGGCGGCGGAAAUGCAUUGACCUGUGGUGUUGGCAUUAUAAUAGAAGUUAUCCGAAAGAACAACUCCGACUACGACCCAGAUGGCGUCGAAUCCGGAUCUACACCAUCGAGCCGCGAUCCCAUUUACCUCGGAACUCUUCUCCGCCUCUUUGCCCAACAUGUCCCCGACUUUAUGAACCUCGUCACGACUGCCCCGGCCCAGAAGGAGCGCCAUGUUUCCACCUUUGGCGCCAGAAUCGAGCCAUUGGGUUUCGAUCGCUUCAAGACAUGCGAGCUCAUGGCGGAACUGUUGCAUUGCAGCAAUAUGGGACUGCUCAAUGAAGUGGGCUCGGAGGAGUUUAUUGCCGCACGCGAUGCGCAGCGUCGUCGCCUACGUGACGAGGGCCAGCUACUGUCGCUGCGUGGAGAGGACGCUCCUUCGACCGAGGAUCUCGCCAUGCGCAUGUCACAUUCGUCUCCCACAGAUGAAGGCCGCAGGCUCGAAGUCACUAAUAGUUCCGCCGACGACGAUGGCUUUGAGGAGGUGACGCACGGCGCCGACGAGGACAGCUCGCACGGUGUCGAGGAGCUCCCAGAGGUCCCGACACAGGGCCCGAUAUCAACGUUUUUGGAUAAGGACGAAGACGAUUUUGUCGAUGAGCCCUUGAGCUCACCGAGGCUACAUGUCCGCGAGAUCGAUGAACAGAGCGAGGAAAUUAGCCAAGAAUUCGAGGAGCCGGAUUUGGUAGUCCCGCCUCUUUCCCCAGUCAAGAAGCAGGCUACACUGAGCACGGAAGAGCCUGCCUCACCGAAGGCCAAUUUUCUCGCUCUCUCCGACGAAAAGAAGCCCCAAUCGUCGUCUGGGGAGGCUCAACAACUGGCAGAUGUUGACAUGUCUGGCGACGCAAACGCAGAGCCGGAAAAUGCGGCCAAAGCCGAUAAACCGGCAACUUCGAAGGAGAUGUCGCCACACCCAGAAGAUACCCCCGCACCGCUCUUCUCAACCCACAAUGCCCCGGUAGUCCCAAACCCGCCGACUGCUCUUGACAUCAGCCAGACAGAGGCUAGGGAGGCCUCUAUUAUUGUCGGCCACAUGAGCGAACCUACCACGCCUAUUGAUGACAGCCCCAUCAGCCCGAAACCCGUUGUGGGUGACUACCUGAAGAUGCAGUUCGUCGAGCACCGGGUAGUUCCCUCAAUUCUGGGCUUCUUUUUCUCCUACCCCUGGAACAACUUCCUCCAUAAUGUCGUAUACGACAUUGUGCAGCAGGUUUUCAAUGGUCCCAUGGACCGUGGAUACAACCCUACGCUUGCUAUUAGCCUCUUCGAAGCCGCCGAUAUCACCAACCAGAUCAUCAGUGGACAGCUGGCAAGCGAGAAGUCGCAAGUUGAAAAUAAGACUCGCAUGGGCUACAUGGGCCACCUGACUCUGAUCGCUGAAGAGGUGGUCAAGUUCACAGAGCGGCACCCCCCUGAGCUUUUGAGCGAGACUGUUUUGGAGAAGGUUAUGGCGCAGGACUGGAUCAACUAUGUUGAAGGUGCCCUGGCCGAAACGCGGGAGCGUGAUAAUGCCAUUCUCGGCGGAGUACGGCCUGAGGUUGCUAUGAGCAAUCGUUUGGGUGCAUCUUCCCUGGCAGGUUCUGGGCUCUCCGGCCUAGGAUCUAUCGGUCUUGGAGUUGGCGCUGGCUCCAAUGCUCUCGCCGAGGCGGGGCUGAAUGGGGGCCAAGAUACGGCCGAAAACUCCGGCAACGGCGGGCUCGGACCUUUCGCCAUCAGCGCCGGGACUCUUAUGAGCGGCUUCGGUAGCUCCAGUGAUGAAGACGAAGACGAGGAGCAAGAGAGCGAAGAGGAUGUCAAUAACGAGGUUGGUUUCUUUCCAUAUAUUUUCCCCCAUGGACAGUUUCAUAGUCAUGCCCCAAGUCCAAGCGGGCAAUCAUGGUCGGCCUCAGGAAGCUCUCUCGUCAAUGAAGAGGCUCCGGAGGUGAAUUGUGUGGAAGAUGUCGGCAGCGACGAGGAUGGCAUGGCUCUUGACAUGCCCCUUUCCGAACCGGAAGCCCAGAGGCCAGUAGCCUUUACUGAGGACGACUCUUCCGACCUUAACGAGGAUAUAAUCAUGGUCGAUGACCCAGAAUACGACCGCUUCUUUGACGACUGA